CCUGGCUGAAAACAAAAACACCAUGCACUGUUAAAAAUCACGGGACAGUCGCCGAGCAACAUGGAGCCGACAGCGAAGGAGAGUCGUUGUCUGCUGUAGCUCCACUGCUGCGGUACAAUUGUGGAUUAUUAGAACGCGUCGGUGACGCGGAACCUUUUGUUCCUUUUCUUUCCAACCGGGCGUCCCCUGCGCUUCGUCCUUUCGGAGUGACAGCACCCGGGCCGGCUUUUCUCAACUGGUAGUCGAGUAUUUCUUCCCAAAUGGACUCCUAGCAAUUGUUUUUUUCAGCUAUUUUGCUUGGUGUGAAGCGGCCAAAGCAGUCAUGUUUGCCGUGCGCAUCGUCACCGCAGACUACUACCUGGCAAGUCCAAUAAAAAACCUGGACGUGUGUUAUUCCGAGUUCAGGGAAAGCGACGUGAAGAAGGUGCCAGUGGUGCGGAUAUUUGGAGCAACGCCCGCAGGUCAGAAGACAUGUCUCCACCUUCAUGGAGUGUUCCCAUACAUCUAUAUCCCAUACGAUGGUCAUGGACAGAAACCGGAACGAUACCUGCGUCUGGUGGCCUUCAGCAUUGACAGAGCGCUCAACGUUGCCAUGGGAAACCCUGCUUCCGAAGUCCAGCAUAUCUUCAAGGUGGUGAUGGUUUCUGGCAUGCCUUUCUAUGGAUACCACUCCAAGGAGAAGCACUUUAUGAAGAUAUAUUUGUACAAUCCUCAGAUGGUCAAAAGGGUUUGUGAGUUGUUGCAGAGCGGAGCAGUGAUGAACAAGAUUUACCAGCCCCACGAAGGCCACAUCCCAUACCUGCUGCAGCUUUUCAUCGACUACAACCUGUAUGGCAUGAACCUGCUCAAUCUUGCAGCAGUUAAGUUCCGCGGGCGCAAAAACAAAGAGGAUGUGCUGCCAAACCCAGACCAGCAGACCCCCAUCACUAAAUCCAGUCCCUGGAAGAGCCCGUCUACGUCCAAACUCAACGACAGCACCCUUGGGGGCACCUUUGUCCGCUGGGAGGAGAACGCCAUUCCCUGCUCCUUAGUCCUGGAUGAGGUGGAGAAGCAGAGCACCUGUGAGCUUGAAGUUGACGCUGUUGCCGUAGAUGUCCUCAACCGUCUCGAGAUUGACAAUCAAGUCGGAAGGAACCCCGGCCUACAAGCAAUCUGGGAGGAUGAGAAGCAGCGAAGGAGAGAAAAGAACAAGGAUUCACAGAUUGAAACUCCGGAGUCGCAAGAACGUGCAUUUGUCACUUCAACCGAGAGUGAGCAAAUCUUCAUGAGAAGGUUAAAGGAGAUUCUGAAGGACAAUGAGUUUGAUGUGACACCGGCUUCCCCUGUUAGCGAUGGCGAGGCUUUCAGUGAUCUCACCGUGCAUUCCUCAUUCCAUUUGACACCAGAGGAAGUGGAGUGUACACCUGCUUCAGCUGUGGACGUGCACAGGGACUCUGAGCCAGAAUCUGUCAGAAGCAGCGGUAAAAUCCCAGAGGAGGCUGUUGUUGAUGAGGAGGCCAUUUUAUGUCUACUAGAGAACAGUCCGAGCUUCCUACAGGCCUCUCAGACAUCCAGCCACUCACCUUUAUUAGACAGCAGCCAAGACCGUGCCGUGAUUGAUUUGCUGGCAGGUUUAGCGGAUGACUGCAGGACUCCUGGUCUGCACACUUCACAGUCCCAGUCCCUUCCGAGUACCAAAAACUGUCACUACAACAGUGACGACGAGGAGGCAAGACCAGAGUUAGACAAGGAAGAGGCGCAGCUCAGUGUGACAAUGUCACAACGCUGGGACAGCGAGCCCCUUGAAAGCUCAUCUUUACAAAGGUCCGGUGUCAAGGAGGCACAGGACAACUUCAGCGAUGAGCACCAGGAAUCGUCCGAUGACGACAUGGAGUGGAGCGCUAAUAAUUCUUUAUUUGCUCAUUUGUCCAUCCCCCAGUUUGAUGGGGCAGCAGAUGAGAGCAGCGAUUCGUCCUUAACGGACAGCGGCUCCAGAACCCAGUCCUCCCUUGUAGUCACCGAGAAAAUUAUAAUGACAGGAACUCGUAUCCCAGGCGAGAGUAUCCACCUUGAACCCCCAUCCUCAGCCAAGAUCUUUCUGGAGUGCAAACACUCCGAGCACAGCCCAGUUCAUGUUUUGGACAAGGAGCAACCACACUUUCAGUCAAAGAGCAGUCAGGAGAGCAUUAGUGAAUGUUCAACAGGCUUAAAAGUGAAUAAAAAAAUUCCCUACAUCCCACCCGUCAAACAUCCCAUUCCCUGUAAAACAAUCAGCCAACCGGACGUAUCGGCCACCUGCGUGGAAAAAGAGGACAUUCACCCUUUGUACAACUAUGACAAGAAAGCAUCUUUAGCUUUGGAUAGAGAUGAUCUUGAAAGUUUUCAAUCCAACACUAAUAAGGUCACCAAAAGAAGAAAGGGCAUAAAAAACGUGGAAACAAACCGUCUGUCCAUACUUCAGAACCACAGGGCGUUUUCCCUCUGCUAUUCGGAGCUGAGAAACUGCUCAACCAAGACGGACCUUGACCUCAGCCAGUUGGAUCGACAUAGCCCCCUCCUGAGAAACAUUUCCUCAGCACCUCCAACUCUUGAAAAUGAAACCUUUUUCAACCCUCAGGAGGGGGAGAUGAGUAAAGAUAGCGAAGAGGGAGAUGUCGGUGAGCUCAAAAUCAGGUACGAGGACUAUCAGGAAAACAAAACGGAAAAGACGAUCGUAGCGCAACAGGAAGCACACUACAAGUUCUUCCCGAGUGUCAUUCUCUCCAACUGCCUAAACGGAAAGAAACCUUGCAACAAAAAGAUGCCCAAUUCAUGCAGCAAAGUAGAACAAGCCCAGAAUCGUAGGUCCAGGCUAAAACUAAAUAAGAAAAGAUUAUCGGGACCGAGCAACAAAUUAAACAUGGAUGACAGCUCCACCCCUGACAGCCAGGUUAGCAUCGGUUGUACCUCGGUCACACCUGAUCGUCCGGGGAUCGGGGAUACGGAAAUGCUAGUUUGUGAGGACAAUUCAGCGAAGCCAGAAUCCAUUUUACACGAGCCGAUUAUUGGAGAAAAUUCACUCGUCAUUGCUCCUAGUUUCUCAGAAGAAGCUAAAGACACCUCAGACGACACUUUAAGCCUCCUGCAAGAUUUAGCUACUAAAGUAACUUGUACAAAAGCCUCAUCCCUGCCUGGUAGUAAAUACACUCUGAGGACCAAACGAAAAAUGCUUUAUGACAGUGACGGCGAAUACUCGGGUGGCACACGGUCUAAAAACGGAGCACCUGGAAAAGAACGCCUCAAAGGUUGCGGUAUCCGUAGUGGGCAGGAGAUCAAAUCCCAGAAGCGACGUAAGAAAGAACCCCCGGUUAUCAUCAAGUACAUUAUUAUCAACAGAUUUAAAGGAGAGAAAAACAUGUUGGUGAAAAUGUGCAAAGUCAAUGCAGAGCAGAAGAGAGUAACACUGACAAAAGACAAGUUGGAUCAAUACAAUCAACUAGCCCCCUUAAAGAAUUUCUGGCCCAAAUUGCUGGAAUCGACUGCCGUUGAGGUUCCCGUCCCCGAGUCAAAGACAAAAAAACAAUAUAAGCGAAAGUCUAAAGUCAACCCGUCGAAUAAAAAAACAGGCGAUAGCGUCUCUAAACUUCAAGUUGGACCGGGUGAAAGGGUCAAAAGGACUAAGAGCUGUGAAAAACGUAUGUUUGAAUUAGGCUAUCUUUCUGAUCGAGCUCAAAGUCCUACAGAUUCAAAACCACCUCAACCUUGGUCUCCACCAGACCCUCUUCGAACUUCAAAACAACUCAAAAACACGCUCAUUGAUCCCUGUCUUAGUUUUGCACAACAAAUGCCACAGUCCUCCACCAAAGUAACAAAAAAGAGAUAUACUCCGAAAUCUACAGAUGCUAAAAAGAAAGACAAGAAUUCUGCCAUUGAGCCUUCAGGGGAAGAUCCCAAAAAACUAGAAGCUUCACAAAACGUUAAAGCUCCACCAAGACAAAGGAGGAAAGUAGCGGGUUCAGUUGAACCAAUCAAUCCUUCCGAAAACAAGCCGAAACCUAGCCGAUCGUACAAGAAGAAGGCCGGGAACCCUAAAAAUCACGUCGUUUUUCCAGAUAAUUCUUCAGCUAACCAGACGACAUGUACGACAGUCCAGUCUGUUGAACCAAAGUUAGAAAACAAUGACGUUUCUAUCAUGGAGGCCAGUCAGAACAUGGUACCACAUGUGCAAAUUGUGAAGGUAGAGCCUUCCAUGGAGGAGUUCCAAAUUUCAAAAGCCUCAAUCUCUCAGACACCUUCCCUGGAAAAUGCAAAACCGAAUCUCUCUCAGACCCCAUGCAGCUUGGCUGUCCUCAAGAAACUUUACCAAAAGAGUCAGCGUGGUCAGGCAAAAAGUCAACCAGACGCUAUCAACCAAUCAACCGCCGGACCUCACUCAGGAGCAUCGCUUGAUCCUGCGACUGAACGAGCCAAACCCAGAAAACCAACUCCGAGAAAACCCCGAGCUCCCAAAUCCACCAACCCCAAAGAUCCGAAACGAAGGAUACGGAAAGGCCAAUCAAACACCCAAUCCAGCGUGUCAGAUGUCAGCUUGCUCUUCCCGUCCGACCCAGAUAUGGACAGUUGCAAUUUAAUCGAAGACAGCUUAUCCCCGGAGCUCCCACCGAACUAUUCAUUUGAUAUCAACGCCAUUGAUCAGACGCAAUUCUCCAGCCCGUACAGUGGUACUCAGUUCGUCCUGACAGAUCAAAUCUUACCAGUUAAGUUCUUGAGCGACGCCAGUCAAGAAGCUGUCUCUGCUCACGCGUUGGCCUUUAAGAAACUACAACGACUGUCGGGUUAUGGAGAGGAACUGAAGCAAGACUCCGAGUGGCACAAAGUGAAACCCGCCAGUCCUGAUCUCUUUGACAGAUCCGAUCAAGGACCAUCUCCAUCCAACCACCUCACUUUCAUUGACUCUGACAAAUUGCAGAACCGAGAUUGUGACUUAGCGUCAAUCAAUGCCAACACCCUCAGCCCCUUUCAAGACUUUGACUGUGAAGGAAAAGAUCUCCUAUUUUCAUCGUGUGAACCUGCCCUACCAUUGUCUUUAAGCUCCGCAUGCCUUGCCAGCAAUGAAAGCUCUCCAACAGGCGAUCUCCUGGAAGGCAUUGACGUAUUGACUUCCACCACACCGAGUAGCUCUCCUUGCUCAGUCAGCUCACUGUCUCAGGUGAGGGCAAGCCAGAGCCGUGGACCAGGGGGAGGAGCCAACAUUCUGAAGCCCCUCAUGUGCCCUCCGAGUAGGGAGGAGAUCCUCAGCACUCUGCUGGACCUGGAGAUAUCAGAGGCCACCUUCCAGGAGCCCUUCUGCAGCGACCCCUCUGAUGCUCCGGGAAAGCCAAUGGAGGUUGGUGGUCGUAAGCUAGCGGUGGAAACCAGACUAGUCAAGGAGUUGAAGGAAUUCAGUGGAGAAUUGUCUUUAGAGGGCCUGCAUUUCUGGAAAACUGCCUUUUCAGCCAUGACGCAUUAUACCGCUGCCCCAAUGCCGUCUGAGCCUGCCCAGGGAGCACACCCAGGUAAAGGUCAGGCUGUGACUGACCCCCCGGGCAUGACCGGUGAGAAGCAAGUAGUCCUUGUGCCCUGCAAAAUGCCGCCGAGUCGGGAACGUGUGCAAUUGUGGUUGGAAGCCAGGAAGCAGUAUGAGACUUUACAAAAAGGGAUAAGACACGCAGAGUUGCUAAAGAAGGAGACUGUCGAGUCAGCUGCUCCCGGCUGCUCCACUUCAAACAUCAACUUGUGCGGGAAACCUCGCCUCAGAACUCCAAGGAGAAGAAAGGGCAACCUGUCACUAAUAUUGCCCCCCACAAAGAAUCCAAGCGACUCUCGAGAAAUGAGUCUACUAUCAGAUGAAGGUUCUAUCCAGCUUGAAGAAGAUGAUGAAAGAGCAGAGGAUGAUGAAGCCAGCUCUCCAGACCCCUUUGAAUUGCCUUCAUGGCAGGAGCCCAGGAACAGCUUAGCCACUGAUGAGUUCAACCAAAAAAGGGAAAAUUCUCCUGAAGCCCUCUCACCUGGAUUCUCCUUGGAAAGAGUGAGUGGAAAUCCCAGCUCUCGUGUCGCUAAUAAAGAAGAAAUGAGCAAUCAUGAUCUUCAGAGCACACCGUUUUUAAAGAAGCAUCUGAAAAGCGCUGAACAUCUGGAACCUGUGUGCAGCACCCCCAUAUCUAAAGAAGACCCUGUUGCUACGAGAAUACAGCAUAGGAGGGGAAGCCAAGCAGAGCCAUUGAGAAGAGUCUUACUUAACACACAGAUAAAGAACCAUUUUGCUGCUUUGAAUACUCCAAAGAGAGACAAUUCUCAGAUCGAAGGUCCUAGCAUAGCCAACUCUUACGGCUUCAAAGUCAGCCUGCAAAACCUAAAGGAUGCAAAAGCUCUGCAUGAGGUCCAGCACCUCACACUAAUGGGUAUGGAGCUUCAUGCACGAACUCGACGUGACCUCGAAGCUGACCCCGAGUUUGACCCCAUAUGUGCCUUAUUCUACUGCCUGACUUCUGACGCUCCUUUGCCGAAUGUAGACUGCUCCCAAUUGACAGGUGCAAUUGUGGUGCGUAAAGACCACGAGAGUUGUGACCAAGCAGGCCACAGAAAAACAGCGCCCCUGCUGGUCAGGUCAGGUGUCUCUGGGCUGCAGGUGAAGUACGCCACAGAUGAGAAUAUGCUGUUUCAAGAACUGGUCGCCGUCAUGAGAAGGUUUGACCCAGAUAUCCUGUUUGGAUAUGAGGUGCAGAUGCACUCAUGGGGCUACCUUCUCCAACGAGCUGCGGUUGUUGGUGUAGACCUUUGUCAACAGCUAUCACGUGUGCCAGGUGACUCGAGAGACAACCGCUUUGCUGCAGAAAGGGAUGAGUAUGGAGCAGACACAAUGACUGAGAUCAACAUCGUUGGACGAAUUGUCCUCAAUUUAUGGAGGGUGAUGAAAACGGAGGUGACGCUGAAUAACUACACUUACGAGAACGUGGCCUUUCAUGUGCUCCACCAGCGCUUCCCCUUAUACAGCCCCCGCACUUUGUCUGACUGGUUUGAUCACAACACUGACCUCUACAGGUGGAAGAUGGUAGACCAUUAUGUGAGCCGAGUGCAUGGCACUAUGCAACUACUUCUGCAGCACGACAUCAUCGGCAGAACCAGCGAGCUGGCCAGACUGUUUGGGAUCCAGUUCUUCCACGUUCUUACUCGAGGGUCACAGUACCGUGUUGAGUCCAUGAUGUUGCGUUUGGCCAAGCCGCUCAACUAUAUCCCAGUAACACCAAGCAUCCAGCAGCGAGCUCACCAGAGGGCGCCUCAGUGUCUCCCCCUAAUCAUGGAGCCAGAGUCACGCUUUUACAGUAACUCAGUGAUUGUCCUGGACUUCCAGUCGCUCUAUCCCUCCAUCGUCAUCGCAUACAAUUACUGCUACUCCACUUGCCUGGGCCACGUGGACGACUUGGGAACGACAGAUGAGUUUAAGUUUGGCUGCACCUCUUUGCGGGUUUCCCCUGAACUCCUCUACCAGCUCCGAAAUGAUAUCACUGUGUCACCCAAUGGCAUUGCCUUUGUCAAGUCGUCUGUGCGCAAAGGUGUCCUUCCCAGCAUGCUGGAGGAAAUCCUCAACACGCGUAUCAUGGUGAAGCAAUCCAUGAAAACCUACAAGCAGGAAAAAGCGCUAAUGAAGCUGCUGCAUGCCCGCCAGCUCGGACUUAAGCUCAUCGCCAACGUCACCUUUGGCUACGCUGCCGCCAACUAUUCUGGACGCAUGCCCAGCGUUGAGGUGGGUGACAGCAUAGUCCAUAAAGCACGAGAAACUUUGGAGAGGGCCAUCAAGAUGGUCAAUGACACAAAAAAGUGGGGAGCACGUGUUGUGUAUGGAGACACUGACAGCAUGUUUGUUUUGUUAAAAGGCGCCACCAAAGAGCAGGCCUUUAAGAUUGGCGAUGAGAUCGCCGAGGCAGUGACUGCAACCAACCCAAAGCCAGUCAAGCUCAAAUUUGAGAAGGUCUACCUGCCCUGCGUGCUCCAGACAAAGAAGCGCUAUGUGGGCUACAUGUACGAGAGCCUUGACCAGAAGGAGCCGGUGUUUGACGCCAAAGGAAUUGAAACGGUGCGACGUGAUGGCUGCCCGGCUGUUUCCAAGAUUCUGGAACGUUCUAUCAAGCUGCUUUUUGAGACGCGGGACAUCAGCCAGGUGAAGCAGUUUGUUCAACGCCAGUGCGUGAAGGUUCUGGACGGCCGGGCCAGCAUGCAGGACCUAACCUUUGCAAAGGAAUAUCGAGGCAGCGCUUCCUAUCGGCCUGGUGCCUGCGUACCGGCAUUGGAACUCACCAGGCGAAUGAUGGCAUACGACCGUCGCCUGGAGCCUCGCGUGGGCGAGCGCGUCCCCUACGUGAUUGUCUACGGGAUGCCCGGAUUGCCGCUCAUCCAGCUGGUCCGUCGGCCCCUGGAAGUGCUGCAGGACCCCGGCCUCCGCCUCAACGCCACCUAUUACAUCACCAAGCAGAUCCUGCCUCCGCUUGGCCGCAUGUUCCAGCUGAUUGGCGUCGACGUGCUCAGCUGGUACCAGGAGCUUCCCAGGAUCCAGAAGGCCUCGUGCUCGUCUGGUUUCGGCGGAGAGGACGUGGCCAGGAAGGGCACCAUUUCACAGUAUUUCACCACGCUGCACUGUCCCGUGUGUGACGAGCUGACCCAGCUGGGCGUGUGCUCGCGGUGCCGUGCGUCGCCGCAACGCGUGGUCGUCACCCUCCAUCAGGACAUGAGGCAGCAGGAGAGAGAACAGGAGCAGUUACUCAAGAUCUGCAAGAACUGCAGCGGCUGCGCCGAGCGCCAGGUCCCGUGCGUGUCGUUGGACUGUCCCGUCCUUUACAAGCUGGGUCGAGUGAGCAGGCAGCUCUCCAAGGCGCCGUACCUGCGACAGCUGCUCGACGACUUGUGAUGGCCACCCGACGUCACGGCUCACUUGGUGCUAAAAUGGCAGAUUCGCCGCUAUCAUCUCAGUGUUCAUUUUGAAACAUUUCAAUGGUGCUUCACCUGAUAACCUCGUUGGGUUGUCAUUGUGUCAUUGUUAACUACUAACAGUAUUUGUUAUACAAGUACAGUAUUGUCUGCUUUGAGCCUCCCUCAUAGGGCAUGUGUAUGUCUUUAUGAUUAUUUGUUGAUUAAAGCUAUCUUCAGCUUCCUAAAAAAACAACUAAAAUGACAGUCACCCCAGUCACUGAGUCUGGUGUGGGUUGUGACAGCCACACAUAAUUGUGACCUGUUUUAAUAAUAAUUGGACUUUGGACUCCAGUUUAAUGUACAUAAACCUUGUAUGAUUCAUAAGUACAUUGUCACUAUAUCAGCAUAAAACCAAUUACAUCCCCAGCCUGAAUGCUGUUUUUAAACAUUCUAUUCAGGGAUGCCAUUUUGAUUGUAUUCAUGCUCAUCUAGUGUGAAAUUGUUUUGUUUUUUAACUUGGGACUGGUGCAAUACUGUGUUUUGAUAAUUUGUCUCUGUGCAUUUCUGUGCUGUCAUCCAAACAUGUUCAGAUCUGACUCUUGUUUGUAAAAAUAAAAAUGUUUUUCUUUACUUUUUUUUUCUUUUAAUGGAUAUUGCUGUGGGUUGAAAUUGAUAUAAUAAAAAGUCAUUGUAUUCAAAUGUUUUUCUAAAAUAAAAGGUUGGAUCACA